GGAGCGGCACUUUAUUUCAACGCCACUGGCUUGAUACACAGACCUCGUCGCGUCUCCGCCGAGUGAACGCGUCCGUGAAAAAUAAAAAAUAAACUUUUAAAUUUGGAACUGUCAGUUUUGGCGCGCUUGUUUUGAAUCCGGUUGUGUGUUUGUUUUUCAAGAUGGAGGGCUGCGGUAGUAGAUGUAUAAAAUAUUUGCUGAUCGUCUUCAAUGGAUUGUUUAUGAUCUUCGGCAUCGUCAUAAUAGCGACAGCAUGCGUGGACAUGGGCAUGAUACAGGGGUUUGCCGACAUGCAAACCGGGCAUGAAACGGACGCCGUACUUAUAGCAGUCGGCGUUCUUAUCAUCAUUGUGGCUGCGUUUGGGUGCUUCGGGGCGUGGAAGGAGAGUCCCAAGCUGCUGUAUAUUUUCGCCGGUUUGCUGAUCAUCAUCAUCCUCCUGGAGCUGUCCGUGGGCAUCGCGGCGGCAGCACUCCGCCCCCAAAUCGAGGAGUCCAUGAAGGCCAACCUGCGGAAGUCCUUCAUCAACAACAAGUCACUGCGCGAGGAGGACAACGAUUAUCGUGCCUUCUGGGACCGGAUUCAGUCUAACCUCCAAUGCUGCGGCAUCACCGGCCCCAACGACUACCGCGCCAACGACCGCGGCCAGGCCGCCAUCAACCCCACCUACAGCUGCUGCCCUCCUGACAACUCCGACAAGUCAGCCGAGAUCAAGCGCUCCGAGUGCCUUAACGCGGGAUCGUAUUACGAGCAGGGGUGUGAAGACAAGGUGCUCAGUGCGAUCCAUAGUGCUGGAAUGAGUGUUAUUGUCUGCGGGCUACUUUUCUGCUUUUUGGAGGUUGCUGGUAUCAUCCUCGCCCUCUGGUUGGCGCACGCUAUUAAAACUCAAGGAAAGAGCCGAGACACUGCUUAAGUAUUUACUUGAAUUGUAUUGGAAGAAACAGAAACUUCAGUAUUCUUACUAUUGGAGUUGGUCUUGAUAGAAUCUUAAUUCGUUUGUUGCAAUUUUUACUGGUUGAAAAAAAAACAAGAUUUUUCUCAAAUUUUAGUACCCAUCAAAUACUGUAUUCUAGCUCUCUUGAACUCUCUAUAAUAUGUUGUCUCAAUUAUAUUUAAGCUAUUAGUAUAACUAUUUUUCAUUGGAUGGUUUAAUUUGACAUAGUAUUAAAUAACGAGUACUUUAAUUAUUGUUUUAAUAUUUAUAGAUUACCUAUUUAAUAGAAAAAAAGUCACUGCAUUGUCUACUUCUAAAAUACGAAUCUGUUAAUCUUAAUUCAAUAUCAUAUUAUCACAUAUCAUUAUUAUAAAAUAAUGUACUAUUUUGAUGUAAUUUUUCCUUAAAAAGAAGCAACAUUUAACCCUCCAAGAAUUAAUAGACAGAUAGUUAUAAUUAUUAUACCUAAUAUUUACUGAAUCCACCUGAAUGUAAAGAGUUUUAAGUAUAAAGUUUUAUUGAAACCGUUAUUUAAGAAUAAUUUAUAACAAUAGGUUUAAUCUUUGUUACCUCGAAUAGAUAUAUACGUAGAUAUAAAUAUGUCUAUGUUAGAAAUUAGUUGCUUAAAAUUAGAGAUAUAUGAUAUAUCUUACGGUCACCUCAAAACGUAAUAUUGUGAUAAUUAUUAGUUUAAUUUCUAAGAACAACCUUAUAUUGAGAUCUUCGUUUGGCCUCCUUUUUUUUAUUCUUCAGAAAUUCACUUUCAAAGUUGAAAACAUAUAGUCUGUCAAGCCAUUUCCGUGACUAGAAAAUGAAAUGAAAAUGUUUAUUUCCGACACCAGGUAUCCAUAUUUUAGUAUACAAGACUAUAUUAUUAGUUGGUAACAAAGAAAAAUAAAACUAUAAAAAUAAACGUUAAUGUUAGUAGAACAUAUAAUGCUCAUUGGAUCGGACAUGCAUUGACAUCCAGUGAACUAUAAGAGGGCUGUCGACCCUUUCCGCAAUCACCUUCAGGGACGUUGCCUCAGGGACGCCACCCUCUUACUACCACUGCGUGAAAGCCGUCUAUGCUCCACUCGGCGAACAUUCCUGACGCGCUGCAUCGCCAGGGCAGCCCCAACAAACCCCUGCGUUGUUGUACUGGACACGCAGACCACUAAAGGUUUUUGUGGGAUAGUUACUCCACAGGUUGCACGUGUACAGGUUUUGGCAGUACGGUUUAAAUAGUGUUAUUUUGACCUCGCGGGAACAGCGUGCAAACCUGCGUGACAACAUGUUACCCCUAACCGAUAGUGCUCUGCGUUACCUUUCUACAUCUUCAUCAUCUUUGAGAGUGUCUGUGACCCAAUGGCCCAAAUAUUUAAUUUGUCUGAAGAAGAGAACUGUCUAGACUAGUAGGUGGUAUGGAAAAAAGCGGAAAAUUUAGUAAAUGCAGGCGGGAAGGGUUUUUGUCCCAUGGAAAAUUUGAAUUUCGCCUUUUUCUACCGACAAAGUUGUUUGACAGACUAUAGGUACUUAACAAUUAUUCUUGUUCUCUAAAACCUCACCUGACUGACUUAAUGUUUGAUUUUACUUUCAUGGUCUACAUUUCAUCAUUUGACUUCAUCUUGUCUGGAUGAACCUUAAAAUUGCUGUAUAUAAUGCAUUUAGAUUGUAAAAUAAUAUUAGUAUUAAUGCACUUAACAUCUAAACCAAAGGCUACUUGUUUUUAAGUAGAAUUAAAUAUUGUGUAUCUGUAUUUCACGUCAAGGUUUGUGAUACAUGCACAUUUGUAUUAUCAACUCCCAAUGUAUUCUUGUUUUAGGUAAUUUGAAAUUAUUAUUUGUUUCAAUUACUUAUUCUCUUUAUUGUGUAUAUAAAUCAUCUGUAUUACAAAUGAUGAUUGUAGGUGUAGAAUGCAAUUUAAAAUAAAAAUUUAUUUGAUCCUGAGUGUUUUCUAUGUAUUUAAGUAUUUAUAUAUUGAUUAUAUUUAUCGUUGUCUGAGUACCCACAACAUAAGCCAUCUGGAGCUUAUUGUGGGACUUCGUCAAUUUGUGUAAGAAUAUCCAAUAUUUAUUUAUGUUUAUUUAUUCAAUUUUACGUAACGCUUGGUUAUCUAAUACAUACGUCAAUCUAUUGAAAUAGUCCGUGUAUACUUCAAUAAAAAAAAUUCUUACAUGAAAUUAUGCACUUCGAGCAUAGCUUACUAACAUAACUUAAAACCAUUUUUUGAUUAACAUAAACUCCGAAAUUUUCCAACAUCUUCAUAGUUUAUCAGAAAAUUAUUUAAAAUAAGGUUAGUUUUUCUGCUUUUAAGACAUCUGUAGUAAGGAAUGUUAACCGGUUUAUAUUUUGUAUGAAAUUUCGGUUACUAACCUGUUAUUAACAUCCCAUACAAUUAAAAACCGGUUUGCAUUCCCUAGUGACCAUGGAAAUUAUGUAAACUCUAUACCUACCUUAGUAUAAAUAAGUAAUUAUUUUUAUCUAACAUAUGAUUUAAGAUAUUUAUUCACUAGUCACUGUUUCAAGAUUUGUUGUUUAUGCAAAAAUCUGGGAUGUUAAAUUUUAGUUGGCAAUAUGUUAAAUUACCUUAAACUCAUAACAAAUGUUAAAUAUAAUUUUGUUACAAAAUAAACGUGUUCCAACUUAA